ACGAGUGGGCAGUCCUUCGAUGGGCGUAAAAAUCAUUGAUAAAAACAAAAUCGCUUAAAAUUCCAAAUUUUGGGGGGAGGGAUCAGGACCGAAAGAACCGGGAGCAUGUCGGAGCUGAAGGCGCCGUCGCUGCAAUCGCUGCUGGAAUCGGAGCGGGGCUCCACGGACAGUUUGCUGGCCGAAUCCCUGCAGCUGGAUUUUGAGGACCUAGAUGAUGCCGAGUUUGCCAUUCCGCCCACCGAUGUGCUGCCCACUUUGGAGGCGGUGCUCAGUGAAUUCGAGGCGGAUUCGGAUGUGGCCUCCGAACUGGGAAUGCCGAUGCCGCAUGCCACGCCCACGCCCUCGAUUGGCGAGGAUUCCACGAUUAGGACAGAUGGCCGUGGAGGCGGAGGAUCCAUCAUGAGAUAUACUCUGCUCCACGGCAUUUCCGCCCAACUUUCCUCGGCGGCGGAACGUGUAAAUGCCGGUGCAGCCAGUUCCUGCGCCGUUUCCGCCUUCAUAGCGAUUGGGACUUCCCAUGGACGCAUCCUCAACUUCGAUGUGACCCAAACCCUCAAGUGGGCUCAUCAGGAUAAGCAUGGCCAGGGUGCGGUGGCCAGUUUGGCCUUUAAUGCCGAUUCCACACGGCUUUUGGCCGGUUACUCCAGAGGAUUGGUGGCCAUGGUGGACACCCACACAGGAGACGUGCUCCGCGAGCUGUUCGAUGUGAUAACCCCGAAUACCGGGGUGCUACACGUUAAGUGGACCUCCCGAUCCUCGCUAGCCUUGUGUGCCGAUGCCGGCGGAUCCGUGUGGUCGCUCAGUUUCACCCGGAAGCUGGGCAUCCGCGGCUGCCAGUCGAGAUGCUUGUUUUCCGGCGCUCGCGGCGAAGUCUGCGCCGUGGAGCCGCUGAUAAUGGACGCCCAGGGUCGCCACGAACUGGACCAGUACUGCAUUGUGGCCCUGGCCACGUUGUCCAAGUAUUUCAUAGUCACCGUAAGGCCGAGGUUGAGGGUCAUCAAGUAUCACGUGCUCCAGGGACCGCCGGAUUGCCUGCCCCUUCUCGCCUGGCAUUUGGUGCUCAUCCAGGCGGCCGACACUUCGCGUUCCGUGGAUCCCGUGAUUGUUGUGGGCCGCGGCAAUCAAUUGUUCUUUCACCAACUCUUCGUCUCGAACGGGAGGAUCACUCUGCUGUAUCUGCGUCAUGUCCAGCUGCAAGGCAGCCUGCUAUCUGCCCACUGGCUGGGCCCCAAGUGCGUGGCCUCGUUGGACACGGCGGAGGUUAUUCACCUGGUGGACGUGAGAUCGAGCAAGGAGCUGGAAUGCAUGGAUAUGGCGAAUGCUGGGUUGGUUUAUGGCUCGGCGCAGUUUAAAGGACUGGCCACGGGUGGUAAUGUGUCGCCUGCCUUCGCUUUAGCUGGCUCAAAUGCCUGUUAUAACUCUGUAGUUUCACGGGGAACGCAGCUUUAUGUUUUGGGCGCCAGAUCGCUGCAUAUAAUUGGAGUUAGAACGUGGUCCGAGAGGAUUAGCUAUCUGGUAAAACACCACCGCUGGCAGGAAGCCUGUCAACUGGCCUUGGAUGGCUACCUGGCCUCCGUGGAUCGUCCGAGAAAACGCGCCCAAGCCAAAGAGCGCAUCAUCAUGCUGUUUAAAGAAUAUAUAGCAAAUUCCGCCCGGGCGCCCGACUAUUGUCUCGGUGCCAUUGUCAACUGCCUUAUAACCGUGGGCGAACUCGAUCUUCUGUGGACGCAGCUGUGGGAGAAGCUGCACAACAGCAGCACAGAGCUUUUCCUGCAACACAUUUCCGAGCACAUCGAAAGGGAAACGAUACGCAGUGUUAAUCCCGUGAUUUCCCAGGCUUUGGUGGACUACUGGCUGGAGCACUCGCCUGCCAAACUGGAACGGCUCAUCCUGAAGCUGGACUGGAUGUGCCUGGACUUGAAUCAGGUGCUGAAAGCUGUGAAGAAGCAUCGUUUGUACCGAGCACAGAUCUACCUCAAUACGCAGGCUUUGAAUGAUUAUACGGCGGCGCUGACAGAACUUUUGCCUUUGGUGACUCCGGAAGAAACGGAUUUGGGCAACUGCCUGCUGGUCUACGUGUCCAGUUGUCUGGCGGGAAGGGGCUAUCCCAGCGGGGAAAUUCCCGUGGAGCUGGUGCAUCAAGUGAAGCACGAUGUCCUGCGUUGUCUGACCUCUCAGCAAUCGAAGGAGAAUGCCGGCGAUGAGAUGCCUUAUCCCUAUCUUAGAGCUCUCUUGAAGUUCGACACGCGGGAAACCCUAAACGUGAUAUCGCUGGCCUUUCAGGAGCGAGAAUUCAGCAACGAGCUGGGUCUAUCGCAUCGCAAGAGGAUUAUCAACCUGCUGCUGGAGAUAAUGUCGCCCGAAAAUGCCACAUGGGCGGAGAUCGGCUGCCUGUUGAACUUCAUUGCCCAGCAGAUUUCGAUGCAGUGCCUCCCUCGCGACAGGCAGCUUUUGGAGCGAGUCCUCAGUCACCUGGCGCAGGAGGAGAUUGCCAACGAGAGUAGUCGUCAGCAUUCCGAGCGGGAGAACGCCUGGCAUGAGCUGCUAUCCUCCAACUGCCUGGCCGAGAUCAGCAGCGAUGAGGAGCAGCUGCGGCUGGCCGAGCGGGCCAAAUGCUAUUGUGUGGUGGAGUAUCUGCUGGAGAAGCUCAAUCGAUACGACACCAUCCUGGAUUGCUACAUUCGAAACGAAGCCAGGCAUGAAACUAUGUUUGCUUAUAUGGAGCGUCAUGUUAUCACGCCAGAGCGAUGCAUUUACCAGCAGUUGAGGAGGCACUUCAGGGAGUUGCUGAAAAUCAAUGCCAAGGAAACCACGCGCCUGCUGGCCUUGCACUAUCCCGAAAAGAUUCCAGAGCUUCUAGAUAACCUAAGAAAGGAGGAGCCUCUGCUUUAUGUGUUCCUCAAGUGCCUCAAUGAUCGUCGAACUGAACUGGAAGCCAGCCAGUUGGAGUUGCUACUCGAACUGCAUUGCAAAAUGGAAUCGCCUGCUGCUGUCCAGGAAUUUCUGGUAUGCAAUCAUUCGGGCUAUCGUUUGGAUCACGCCAUUGCCAUCGUGGAGAGCCAUCACCUAAACCGAUCUGUGAUUUACCUGUACGAAAUGCAGGAGAGCUAUGCGAAAGCCUUCGACUUGUCCAUGGAUCUGCUGAAAUCCGUCGCUGGCGGCGACGAGGAGGCCGCCAAGGAGGCGCAGGAAAUCUGUGCUCUUCUCGGUCGAGGCUCUAAUAUUCUACCCGCAGCGGAACUCGAGCGCUGUUGGUUUGUCCUACUGCAAUAUAUUCUGCCGCUCCAGGAGCUGCAGUCCAUCACCAAGUCGCUGCUGCACGAGGCCUCGCAGCAUAUCGAUCUGCAUAAUUUGGUUCAGCUGAUUAUGAACACCCACAAUGUGUCGAGCAGCUUUGGUGAUAUCAAGGAUCUGCUGAUGGGCAUGCUGGAUAGUUCGAGGCAGCAAACGGAGGGUCUGCGCCAUUCGGCCGGAAUGUUGUGCCAAAGUCUUCACCUCGAGUUUGCGCAGCGGUAUCGAAACGCGCGUCGUGGCCUCUGGGUGACCAGCACCAAGUGCUCCGUGUGCCGCCAAAGGCUGUACGAUCACAGCCAAGUGCUAAUCCUCGGCGGCUGCGGUCACGGCUUGCACGAGGAGUGCAUGGAGGAGGCGGAAACGCAGUUUGAGGAAUGUCCCAGGUGCUUCUCGGUUAUUCCGGAUCAAAGUCUUGCUUUGCCGCGGCCAAAUAAAAAUCUAAUCAGCAUUUCCACGUCCCUGGAAAUGGGCGCGUUGCAGCUAAAGGCGCCGCCCAGGCGAUUCAGUUAGUUUGCUGUGUCUUUUUGUAUAUUCCAAUUAUUCCUCUAUGUAUUUAUUGUACAACACCAUGUAUUGUAUGUGUAAGUAAAGAAAUUGCAUGAUAAAA